UUAGAGGGUCCCCUAGGACGCAGGAUGGGGAUACUCCAGGGACAGCCUUGGGUUGGGUCUGUGAACACCUGCUUGACCAGGGAGUGGGGUGGUGUUUUGGUGGGUUGUGUGGUGGCUGUGUCUGGAGGGUGGCUGUUUUGCAGGGCACCAGAGCACGUGCCAUGGGGGACUGGAGCCUGUUGGGCCGGCUGCUGGAGAAUGCCCAGGAGCACUCCACAGUGGUGGGGAAGGUCUGGCUCACCGUCCUUUUCGUCUUCCGUAUCCUGGUGCUGGGGGCAGCCGCAGAGCGGGUCUGGGGUGACGAGCUGUCUGGCUUCUCCUGUGACACACAGCAGCCUGGCUGCCAAAAUGCCUGCUAUGACAGCACCUUCCCCAUCUCCCACCUCCGCUUCUGGGUCCUGCAGAUCAUCUUUGUCUCCACCCCCAGUCUUGUGUAUCUGGGCCACAUCCUGCACCUGGUGCAUCUGGAGGAAAAGGCACAGCAGCAAGCGGCAGCACGGGCUGGCAGCGGGGCCAGACGACAGCGCCCCAGACAGCCCCAACUCCCUGCAGGGAACACGAGGGCACGGGUGUGCAUGCGGGGGGCCAUCCUGAGGACCUACAUCUGCAACAUCGUCUUCAAGGCUCUCUUGGAAGUGGGCUUCAUUGUGGGCCAGUACACCUUGUACGGGUUCCAGCUGAAGCCCCUCUACACCUGCAGCCGCUGGCCCUGCCCCAACACUGUCAACUGCUACAUCUCCCGGCCCACCGAGAAGACCAUCUUCAUCCUCUUCAUGCUGGGGGUGGCCUGUGUGUCCCUGCUGCUCAACCUGGUGGAGAUCUACCACCUGGGUCUCACCAAGUGCCGUCGGGGGCCAGGCCCCAAGCCCCACAUCCUAACCACUCCUGUUGGGCGUGGCAGCAUCUAUGUCACUCUGCCCAGGGGUGGCAGCCCCCUGACUGCUGGCAGACCCCCCCAUGGCCUGGCACCACUGAAGAAGGCAGGUGCAUGGCUAGGGGUGGCUGCUGGGUCCCAUAGGGACAUGCGAAUGGCAGACCUGGCAGUGUAAAUGUGGCCUGCUGGGAUGGUCAGGGAUGGGCAAUGCAUGGGUGGUCACAGUGGUGAUUGUAUCUUCAGUCUCUGCCAGGCCCAAGGCAUGGACCCCACGGCCAGCAUGAGAGCCAGGCACAGCACUGGGGACACUGCUCAGCUGCUCCUGACACUCCUGCAAGCAGCAGGGC